GCCCAGUCCAGCCGUGCCAGGGAUAUCCUUUCUUUGCUCAGAGGGUUUUUCUCCUGGAUAACCUGUGCUGGCUCACGCAGCACCCAGACAAGUCCGGGAUCGCUCCCUGUAAUCUGCUCCAGCCUGUGUGUGAGGAAGUGUCUGGGACUCCUUUUUCACUCGGGCCAUCAGUUUUUCCAGACAGCAGAAAGUUAAUGGGUACCAUGAUUUGAGUGAGUAAUCCUUGUGAAACCAGCUCUGGAGGAAGUUGCCUAGCAAAACAAAUCCCGCGGCCCCAGCUCUGACGUGGAGCUGAACACGGGGUGCUCUGUAUAAAAACCAGGAAUCAUUCCAAGGGAAACGGCAGAUUUCAGCUCUGCUGAGACAUCACAUAGAGUGCAGAGAUGCAGAAAACUAUCACUGGCUGCUUCUUCCAGCAAAUGUAUUCUUCCCUAACUGGCAUUUCAAUGGAGAGAGACCACAUGAAAGAUCUGAGAAGAUACCUGGCACUGAAGUAUAUCCAAUACCUCGUCCUGUCUUCCUCCAACGCUGUCAGCAUCCUCCUGGGACUGCUGGGCAGUGCAUACACCAUGAUCCUCCUGCAGUCCGACAAAGUCUCCUCCAAGUCCACUGCAGUCCUCAUUUCCAGCCUGGCCCAGGCAGACAUCCUGGUUUUCCUUAGCCUUGUUUCUGACGCAGUUUUGGGGAGUUUUGGUGCCGGUGUCUCUCCUGCAGCCUCGGCCCUGGUGCGGAUCCUCCUCACGGCCAACGCCCACGUGAGCUGUGUCCUGCUCAGCUGUGUGGCCUUCGAGGCCUAUCUGAUCACCUUCCUGCCCUUGGAGUCACGGCCCCUAAGGACAGUCAGGAAUGCCAGGCUGGUAUCCAGGGUCAUCUGGAUGCUGGUGGCUGCAGAGUGUGCUCUGUUCCUCAUGGAUGACCACCUGAGGGCCAGCAGCUCCUUGGGGCUCCUGUUCCAGCUCUCCAGCGUGGCCGCGGCCCUGCUCAGGUCCCUCAGCUACAUCCUGGGAAUUCUACUGAGGAUUGUCAACGUGUACAUCUACUACAAGAUAUUUUUCAGCAUGUCUCCCAGGUCUAGACUCAAAUCCAAGUAGGAUGUGCUCCUUCUGGGAAUGAUAGAACAACACAAGACCCUUCAACGCAAUUCCAAACCAUUUGGAAACUGUUCAACAACUGGGACCAAGGCUCACCAGGGAGUUUAAACCUUCCUGAUUCCUGGUGCUGUUAUUGAGAAGAGUUUGGGGCUGAGGAGCCCCUUGGCAUUGAGACACCACUGCAAAGGUGAAACGAAAGACAUUUCAUGGUUGUAAAUCAACCCCACUAUGUUUUAUAUAAAAAGGGUGCUUAAAGGCGUCCUUGGGGGUCUACUGAGCCAAGAGUUGCAUAGUUGUUUACUGAAGACAGGACCUGUGUCCUAAAAUAUUCCUAUCUCAGGUGACUCCCAGGCUCUGCAGGUGGGAUGGAGAGACAAGGUGAGCACCAAGAUGUCCGAGGUGGGCUCAGGGCAUCAGCCCCACCUGGAGAAUUCCUGGGACAGAGCUGGGCUGAGAUGCCAUACUUUGGAACAUUCCCAGAGCUGUUCUUGGGAGGUUGCCCCAGCAAAGCAGGAAACUGCUUCUCUCACAUCCUCCUUCAGAAAUAAAGGGGUGGGAAGCUGGAAUGCAGCCCUAGGAGAGAGAAUCUGAGGACCCCCGUGUGUGGAGGGUUCCAUGUACUGCAUCCAGAGGCAUCUCUAGUGAUUCCAUGGAUGUGAGCUUAGAGGCAGGGAGGGAUUUGCUGGGAUUAGCAGAGCUGUCCCACUUCCCCUGGCAGUGGUGUGAAAGAUCACAGCCACCAACAUCCUUCUGAUCACACUGGGACUUGAGUGAAUGUGUGAGAGCUGUUCCCCAGCUGGUGAUUCCCGGGAUUUCCUCAACACUCUGGAAUUUUAUCAGCAAAGCAUAAAAUGCUCGAGAUACCUCUGACACUGCCCAAUGCACACGUGGCCAUGGGCACUUCCAAAUCUUCCAGAUUUCAUAUGGGAGCUCCAGGUACAGACUGCGGUGAGGACAGACUGAUCUUCUGACAGACACCGUGUCAUCCUCAGAUCUUUCUGCCAGCCCAGAUCAUUCUGCCAUCCCCAGACAUUCUGACAUUUCCAGAUCAUUUUGCUAUCCCAAAUCCUUGUGCCAUUCCCAUAUCCUGCUGCCAUCCCCAGCUCAUGGCUGCAGCAACAGCAGUGAGUGCUGAGUGCUGACUUAACUUCUCAGGAGACUCAAAGGGAAGCUCUGCCAAGGGCUGGGGAUCAGUAAAAGCAGAGCAGAAAUGUAAUCAAAUCAAUUAAACCCUUGGAUGAACUUUCUCAAUCAAAGCUGAUUCUGUCAGCAGGAAAGAUGUCCUAAUAACUUGAUGCACUGUGAUAACCUGUUCUUGCUUCUGGAGCCUGAAGUAAGACACUCCCUGGAGAGAUGAAAUGUUACUUGAAGUGCUGUAAUUAAUAAAAAUCUAU